GCGCCAUCAAAAGAUGAGGACGUGUUCGUCAAUAGAAAGAAAGUACAUUCCAUCAACACGCAGAUUGUUUUUGAUGCAACUUUUAACAUUCUUGAUGUUGUUGCAAAGUGGCCUGGAUCUACCCAUGAUUCGCGUAUUUUAAUGGAGAGCGGUCUUUGGCAGCUUUUUGAGAGGCACCAUGUACCAGUUGGGUGUCACUUGCUGGGUGACAGUGGCUAUCCCUGCAAGACGUGGCUCUUGACACCCUAUCUCAAUCUACAACCGGGAGCACAGUUAAAGUAUAACAUAGCACACAAAAAUACACGAAAUGUUGUGGAGAGAGGAAUUGGGCAGAUGAAACGUCGUUUUCAUGUCCUGCAUGGCGAAAUACGCCUCAGCCCAGAGAGGGCAAGUACAGUCAUCACUGUAUGUGCCAUUCUCCACAACCUCUGCAAGCGGAGGAACAUUCCACAGCCAGAUGACGAUGAUGAUGAUGAUGAUGAUGAUGAUGCAGAUUACAAUGACCACGAUGAUGAUGAUGGCGAUGAACAUGAUAAUGAAUUUGGCCGUGUGGAGCAGAGUGGACUGGCAUUUAGGGAUCACUUUGUGAAUACACAUUUUAGGUAAA